AUGGGCUCCUUGUCAGAUCCACAGUCUGCAGGUGGCUGUGCCAAAGCACCAGAGAAGACACCGGGCAGAUGCAGCCUGUCAGAGGAUCCACAGCUGCUGCAGGGCACAGGCAUCUGUAAGUGGUUCAAAGUGGAAUUUGGCUUCCUGUCCAUGAUGGCCCACAUCAAGGUCGCACUAGACCCACCAGUGCAUAUCUUUGUGCACCAGAGUAAGCUGCUCAGGAAGGCCUUCUGGAGCCUGAAGGAGGGUGAGGGUGAGUUCACCUUUAAGAAGUCUGCCAAGGGCCUGGGAUCUAAUCUAAUCUAUCUAUGGGCCUUGGUGGAGUGUUCUGUAUUGGACAGGAGGCCAAAGGGGAAGAACGAGCAGAAGUGCAGAUCAGAAGGAGACAGAUGCUACAACUGUGGAGGUCUGGCCCAUCACUCCAAGAAAGGCAAAUUGCCACCCUUGCCCAAGAAGUGCCACUUCUGCCAAAAGAUCAGCCAUGUGGUGGCCUCAUGUCCACUGAAGGCCCAAUAGGCCCCCAGCUCACAGGGAAAGCCAGCCUGCUUUGGAGCUAAAGAAGAGAUCCAUAGCCCUGCCCUGCUCCCAGAUGCCAGAAAUGAGCUACGGUGGAUCAGGGGCUACCCUUUUGUGAUCGGAAAGUUUCAAAGAGCAGGCAUCAACUGGCAGAAAGGGAUCCCAGAGGCAAACAAAUCUCAGCCCAGUAAGACACGUGACUCUCCAGGUCACACCUGCCCGAAGGCGGCCCCUAUGCAAUCCAGCGGAUACCACAUCCUUCGAAGGCUGGGCGGAGGCCGAGCCCCGAGGCUCAAGUUGGGCGCGAAUCUGGCACGUAGUAUCCUAGGCGAUUCCCGAGUGCGCGCUCCCCUUGAGCACCCUCCCCCACCGCCCCGGGGGCGGGCCCAACGCGCCAGGCCCUCCCCGGGGGCGGGCCCAACUCGCCAGGUGCUGGUGCCGGUGGCUGGCUCCGCCCCCGCCCCCGCGCGGAGUGCGCCUGCCUGCUGGGAGCCGCGCCCCCUCCCCCGGGGAGGCUGUUCUCCGCGGUCCCCUGGGUCGUGCUCCCCUCUGGACUAA